AUGAUAUCACCAUCAAAAAAGAGAACUAUCUUAUCAAGUAAGAACGUCAACCAAAAAUCAGGGGCUAUAAAAAAAGGUAACGAACUGCAUUCUCCAUCGAAGGGAAGAUCACGAAUAGACACAGAAUAUGCACUAAGGCGAAGCCCGGUUAAAGCUGUCCAGAUUACAAAAACUCCGCAAUUUCUGGUAUAUGAAGAAACGCCUGAAGAAAGACACGAGAUCAUUUACAGGCAUAGUAAUGAGUUAUGCAGUAAUAGGAGUGCUUCAUGCGAUGAAAAUAACCCUUCACAAGUAAAGGAAAACCUUUCACCCACUAAAUCUAUUUCCAACAGUUUGGCGCUUCUACGGGAAGGCCAAAGAACUGCAUUGAAAGAUUUAAGCGUUGAUGAGUUCAAAGGCUACAUACAAAAUCCUCUCACUAAUGAGACCAUACCGUUGACAUUACCAUUAGGUAGCAAGAAAAUCAGCCUGCCCAGUUUUGUAACUCCACCAAGGAACUCGAAGAUCUCAGUUUUCUUUUCCACCAAAACCCAGGCACAUAAUCCAGAAACGAUAAAGUCCCGUUCCACCGACGAUGUUGAUCCAAACAAAGUAGUAAGAAAACUGUCCUUCCACAUCUGCGAAGAUAAAUAA